UGGUCGGCGAGCGAUCGCAAAAAUCGUCGCGGCUUUAACUGCACAAGUCCAUUCUAGCGGUCUGUGACUAAGUUCGAUUCUAUUUUGGUAAAAUUGGAUUUCGUUUGUUGCUCUGUGGUGUUUGUGGUGACCCAUCGGAAAGGAAUUGUAAGAAGAGGGCGGCGUCUUGGUUGAUCCACAUCUGCCAGCCCACCCACCAGAAAUGCAUUCCUUCACCUAGACUCCCCAACUGAGGAUAUCGGCACGUUUACAUCAUCAACUGUUGACUUCAAGAGCUACGACUAACGCUAUGGCCUAUGACCUCGCCUUUGGAUAUUGACGAAGUCCAGUAAUCGCGAAACAAAUCGGUCAUGAAAGAACGCUCCAUCCUCAGCGUGCUGUUCUCAGCCGCCCUCAUCUCCCUAGCCUCAACGCAAUGCCCGUGGCAACGAGAAGUUGUGGAGCUCCAAUCGACGUGUUUGUGCUCGUACAACCUCGGUCACGAACUUUCAGUGCAGUGCGACAUGGUGGACUGGUCCAUUUUGCUAGCGGCCUUGAACAAAUACGCCGCCGCUACCCCCUUAGACUUACUCUACGUAAACAAUUCCACCAUAGGUGAACUCAAAGACAACAUCUUAGCUAAAUUGAAAGUGCAAAACGUGCAGUUGUCUGGCUGCAAGAUCGGUAAAGUGUCCGGUAACGCCUUCAAAGGUCAGGAGCAGCACCUGAAAAACCUGAACCUACAAGACAACGACCUCAGUGAAGUGCCCGUGGAGAGCUUGAAGAAGUUAAGAACUUUGUCGCUCUUAGAUGUCUCUCACAACCGGAUCACCUCGGUGCCUGCAGGUGCGUUCGAGACCCUCAAGAAGCUAGCCACGUUGAAGCUAUCCGAUAACAACGCCACCCUGGACGAUGAAGCGUUGAGGGGAUUGGAGGGCUGUCUUAAAAAUUUGAAUUUGAAGGGAACCAGGCAACACGAGAUGCCCAGAGCGAUUCGGGGGAUGAAAACUUUAGCUUUCUUGGACAUGUCGCAAAAUAGCCUUAAGGAACUACCAGGGGAGACUGGAGUGGAAGCUUUCGAAGGACUAGAAUCGCUCACGGCACUCAAUUUGGAGAGGAACCUGAUUCAAAGUCUGAAAGAAAACGCUUUCGCUGGUGUCAGCAAGAGUCUCAGCUCGCUGAGUUUGCUCAAUAACUUAUUACCUGAUUUUCCCACAGCUGCCAUGAGCACGCUGUCUGAACUAAGGGUGCUGGACAUAGGAUUUAACCUUAUGACCGAGCUUCCAACGGAAGCGUUCAAAGGGAAUCCUUCCAUCACACUCCUAGCGUUAGACGGGAAUCCUUUAACAACUAUACCCUUCGAAGCAUUGUCUCACUUGAACAGUACACUAAGAGGACUAAGUCUGGGCGGCAGAUUUUUACACUGCGACUGUCGUUUGUCUUGGGUCAUCAACUGGAUUCGCAACGGCGACCUCCAAGUGACCAGCCGUGAAAGGAAUCCUCAGUUCUGUGGAAGCCCGCCCAAGUUUAGAGACAGAGGGUUCUAUAGCAUCCUACCAGAAGAGUUGUCUUGUCCAGAGAAAAACGUAACGACCACAACUACGACUACCACCACAACCACGACAAAGCCCGUGAAAGAGGAACCAGCGCGCAAACCUGAAGGAAUAGGAGUAGCUACAGUAGUGAGCGCAGAUCUGGACGAUUUGAUUGCGACCAACCCUCAAGUGGUACCACCAAACGGAAACCAACCGGCGACGAAGACGUCAACGAUAGCAACAUCCGUAACAUCUUCCACGACUACUAAAAUAGCCUCAACUACUUCCAAGACCACCACUCCCACGACCAAAACCAAGACGGUACCGCCAGUGUGGAAGUCGACCCAGCGACCGUCGAUGGUGCUGGGGUAUCCGUCCAGAAAUAAAGGUGAUGAUGACGGUAAAGUGAUUGUAAAGAACGCCUUUAGACAGGACAGUUCGGUUAUCAUUCAGUGGGGUUCGGAAACCGCUAAUAUUGUUGGAUUCAGGGUUGUUUAUAGGUUGUUCGGAGACAAGAGCUUUAAGCAGGGACCUCCAUUGGACGCCAGUGAGAGGGAGUUCAAAAUAAAGAACGUACCGGCCCAAGAAUGUAUCAUAGUGUGCGUGGUAUCCCUGGCGGAGAUCAACGUGACCCCCGAAACCAUCCCCUACGGCCAAUGCCGCGAGGUGCGCACCGUCUCCUCCGCCUCCUCCAACAUGGACAAAAUCACCAUCGCGGCCAGCGCCGCUAUCUGCGGCACCAUCGUCGUGGCCGUAAUCGUCUUCAUAGCCGCCUCCAGGAGGCGAUCCAGGAAGUUGCACGAACUCCACCAGCAGAAACUCGGCAUGAAACACGGGAUACCCAUCGCUGGGUUGCCGGUGAACUGUUGCGCGGGGCUUCCCGCUAGUCCUGGCGAACCGCUGUCGUCGCUGGCCACGCUGAACGCCUACAAUACCAGCAAGGAUUGGGACCAAGUGUCGGGGUACAGCACGCACAGCCAACGGCCGAGGAUGUACACGGUGGACCAACCGCCAUCUCUGGAGGAGAUGAGGGCCCAUUUCGGAGGGAAAGGCAACAAAGCAAGGUCUGUAGCUGAUGGGCAAUCUCAGCAUAGUUUUUCGAACCAUUCCGGGAGGUAUUUGACAGCCACUGCGUUCCCAAACAACCUUUUGGCUUCUAGGCAAGAUCUCCGACAAUCCAGGCAAUCCCUAGCUAUGCAAUCCGAGAGGAUGUCUACCAGAAUGGCUCCCCACCACGCCGCCCCCGCCCAAUCGGCCGCUUCGUCCACGAGACGUUCCAGACCUAGGUCCAGGUCGCGCGAACACCACCGCCCCAGCAGCAGGUACAGCACGGCGGGAUCGACGCACACCCUGAACAAUUAUUGUGAUAACUCGGACAACUGGACCGACCACGACAUGGAAAUUUAUAUGGCUCGGAAUCCGACCACCAGAAACGGCCUGGUGCCCCUAUAAGACGUUGUAGUCGUUGCUCAAUGUUAGAACUGAGUUCUCAUCAUGAAGAUAUUAGUAGCUACUUCACCUGACAUCAAAUCUUCGGACCUACACGACGCCAAAAGUAUUUAAAAAAAAUUCGUUCGUACAAUUUACUGAUUUAGAAAUUUUGGACAAUAUAUUGGCUCGACAGACGCCUUGUAACGCCUUGUAUAUUCUUUUCAUGGGGAAAAUGAUCGCUAAAAAACUGUGAUCUUUUCAAACCAACUAUGUUACAAAAUAUGAAGUCUCUUAAAUAAUUUAGUAUUAAAGUGUCUCAUUGAGACAAAGGCUGCUAGCAGCAAGGUGUACACUGUAUAGUGGCGUACACAAUAUUGAAACUGCGAACCCUUCCUGGGAUAGUUAUUACACUAGUCAAACUGAAGCCUAUUCAAAGAAAUUCGGUAACAUUAAAAAAAAAACUGGUAACACUCACAGAGAUCUAUUAAAUGACGAUACGUAUUUAAUCUUAGAUAUUAAGGUUUUUACGGUAUUUCACUGUUUUUAGAGAUACGAUAGUCAACUUUUUCCUGUGGAAGCCAUGCUGGUGUUUUAUAUUAUUAAAUAAAGAAAAAAUAUUAAUCCGGUAUGUUGUUUUGACCUUAUAAGAAAUCAAUAUGGUGUCCAUAAAAUAAAACAGUUGAUUAUCUACCACCUACUAUGAGCUAAAAGGGAAAUAUCAUUUAAAUGUAAUUUGUGAACGUUGAACACGUUUUUAAAAAGAAUUUUAAUCAAAGGUAUAGAAAACGUAAGUCUGAACGAGGUCGAUACAUAAAAAUAAUAAUAAAUAAACAUAAAUUAAAUAUAGAAGAAUAUAUAGGUAAACAUAGUUUAAUACAGUUAUAGCACCAAUAAAUACAAAAAAUAUAUUAAAGUACAUAAGAAAUACAAAUGCAAACAAAAUCUUAGAAAGUUAUAUUUAAAAAAAAUGAGCGAACUUUUUUACUCUGAGCUUUUUUGCCAAUAUCUCAAUGAAGAUGCGUGUUUUCGAAAAACAGUUUCAUAUAAAAGUUGCUCAAAAUUAAAUUUCCUACAAAAUUGCUCCCAAUAGUUUUCCCGUGAAAAUGUGAUGUGAAAAUUAACGUUUUGGAGAAAUUAUGGUCAACUCAUUUUUAAAUAACAAAAGUGAAUUAGAGAAAAGAAAAUUGCGGAAAAUUCUUGGAAAAAUUUACAUAGUUUUCCGAGGUUUGAAUAUGUUAUAGAUUUUCGAGGGUGUACAAUAGAAUUAAUUAUGCGCUUUUUAAUAUUUUCCAGA